AUGGCAGAGGACGAGCUUGAUCAAGACGUAUUCGAUUCGCUUGAGCGAGAAGCCACAGAAUUCACAAAGGAUGCGGAGAUUGAUCGUAUCCGCUCGGCCUUCUCCCUCGAUGCUUAUGCUGUCCUUGAUCUCCAGCCCGGUGUGACCGAGAAAGACAUCAAAGUCCAAUACCGGAAGAAAUCCUUGCUGAUCCACCCGGAUAAGACUAAGAAUCCCGCCGCCCCCGAUGCCUUCGACCGACUGAAAAAGGCCCAGACGGCCCUCCUGGAUGAGAAGCAGCGCACAUAUCUGGAUGAGUGCAUUGCUGAUGCACGAAGACUCUUGAUCCGCGAACACAAGUACACUCUCGAUUCCCCCGAAUUGCAUACGGAAGAAUUCAAGGUUGAGUGGCGUAAAAAAGCCGUUCAUGUGCUACUGGAAGAGGAGGCUCGGCGGCGCCGUCAAGCGAAAGCUCGUAUGCAAGAAGAAGGCCGCGAGAAACGCAAGGAAGAAGAAGAGCUAGAAGCGCGCAAGCGGAAACGAGACCAAGACAAGGCAUGGGAGGAUACUCGGGACGAGCGCAUUGGCACCUGGCGGGACUGGCAAAAGGGACGUAAAACAGGCGAUGAUAAGAAAAAGAAGAAAAAGAUGAAAGUCCUCGGCUGA